AUGAUUGACGAGCGGUCUUUUCAAGAUAAACUCAGAUUUGACAAAGUUAAAGCUAGCAUAAACCCAUUUAAAGUCGGUGACUUUGUCCUCAUGCGUCGUCAUGAACGACAUACUACAAAACUUGGUUCAAAAUUCGAAGGAUCUAUGGAGGUCUUAGAAGUAUUGCCUAACGACCGUUAUAAAUUGAAGCACGUUAACCUUCGCGGGUGUAGUGAAAGGAUCGCUAGCCAUGACUUUUUACGACCGGCACCAGUAGCUCAGACGGAUCCUUUCUUUGAUGAAGAGGGCGCCGUAUGGGCGGAUGAGUGA